AUGUUGGGACCAGAAGAUGCCAGGGAUCUGUCCUGUCAAUCAGCUUUCGCCCUUGAUAAGCUGGAUCCUGAGCUUCUGGAACAGCUCGAACAGAAACUGAGCAUAACAAAUUGCCCUGAUCUAGUUGAACUGCCUGAGGUCAUAGGUGGAUUAGGAAGAUUAGAGGUCCUAAGGUUACUCUCUUGUUCAAGUUUGGAAGGCCUUCCGGAUUCCUCAUGUGAACUUGGAAGCCUCAGAUUCUUGGAUCUGUCUCAUUGCUCGAGCAUUGAGAGCUUGCCAGACAACAUUGGCCAGUUGCAGCAUUUGAAAAGAAUUGAUAUGAGAUGGUGCUUAGGGCUGACGGAACUGCCUACAUCAGUGUCACAGUUGAAAGGUUUUAGAGCAGUUGUUUGUGAUGAGGAGGCCUUUUGA